AUGCGGGAGAACUAUGAGACGGUGACCUCGCUGGGAUUCCCCCUUCCCAAACCAGACCUGAUCACCCGGCUGGAACAAGGGGAAGAACCGUGGGUGCCCGAUCUCCAGGCCUGUGAGGAAAGAGAGAUCCCGAGAGGCACCCACACAGGUGAUGAGAGAGUGCCGGUGACCUUCGAGGAGGUGGCUGUGUAUUUCACCCAGGGACAGGGGGCUCUCCUGGACCCCGCUCAGGGAACCCUCUACAGGAACAUCAUGCGGGAGAACUACGAGAUAGUGACCUCGCUGGGCCUCCUGAGAGGUGCCUGCACAGCCAGGAGCUCUUCUCGAGCCAGGAGGAAGGUAGCCAGUCGCAGCGGCCGGUACUUGGUGGAGGACAAAGAGAAGAGCACGUUCCCGGCUGAGGAGUCCCAUCCACGUUUGUUCCAGAUGGGCCCAUCUUCCAGGAGACAGGGCAGGGAAAUGGCUGUGAUGGAGCCGGCUCAGAUGCCAGUGACCUUCGAGGAGGUGGCUGUGUAUUUCACCCAGGGGCAGGGGGCUCUGCUGGACCCCGCUCAGAGAGCCCUCUACAGGGACGUCAUGCGGGAGAACUAUGAGAUGGUGACCUCGCUGGGAUUCCCCCUUCCCAAACCAGACCUGAUCACCCGGCUGGAACAAGGGGAAGAGCCGUGGGUGCCCUGUGAGGAAAGAGAGAUCCCGAGAGGCACCCACACAGGUGAUGAGAGACUGAGUGAGACCGAGGAGGGGAAUCAACAGCAGGAAGUUACUGGGCAUGGGGAAUCACAGAGAACCUUUCUGGGAAGACCCCAUAAGUGCUUAGACUGUGGGAAAAGUUUCAUACGGAGGUCAACCCUACUUGAUCAUCAGGCAGUCCACAUUGGAGAGAGACCCCAUAAGUGCUUAGACUGUGGAAAAAGUUUCAUACGGAGGUCAGACCUUGUUAAACAUCAGGCAAUCCACACUGGAGAGAGACCCCAUAAGUGCUUAGACUGUGGAAAAACUUUCAUGCGGAGGUCAACCCUACUUGAUCAUCAGGCAGUCCACAUUGGAGAGAGACCCCAUAAGUGCUUAGACUGUGGAAAAACUUUCAUGCGGAGGUCAGACCUUGUUAAACAUCAGGCAAUCCACACCGGAGAGAGAUCUCAUAUGUGCUUAGACUGUGGAAAAAGUUUUAUACAGAGGUCAGCACUUGUCAGACAUCAGGCAAUCCACACUGGAGAGAGACCCCACAAGUGCUUAAACUGUGGGAAUAGUUUCAUUCAGAGGUCAGACCUUGUUAAACAUCAGGCAAUCCACACCGGAGAGAGACCUCAUAAGUGCUUAGACUGUGGAAAAAGUUUCAUAUGGAGGUCAGGCCUUGUCAGACAUCAGGCAAUCCACACUGGUGAGAGACCCCGCAAGUGCUUAGACUGUGGGAAAAGUUUCAUACGGAGGUCAACCCUACUUGAUCAUCAGGCAGUCCACAUUGGAGAGAGACCCCAUAAGUGCUUAGACUGUGGAAAAAGUUUCAUACGGAGGUCAGACCUUGUUAAACAUCAGGCAAUCCACACUGGAGAGAGACCCCAUAAGUGCUUAGACUGUGGGAAAAGUUUCAUACGGAGGUCAGGCCUUGUCAGACAUCAGGCAAUCCACACUGGUGAGAGACCCCACAAGUGCUUAGACCAGAGGUGGGCAAACUGCGGCCCACAGGCCACAUCCGACCCGCGGGACAGUCCUGCCCAGCCCCUGGGCUCCCAGCCAAGGAGGGUGCCGGCGACCUUCGAGGAGGUGGCUGUGUAUUUCACCCAGGGGCAGGGGGCUCUGCUGGACCCCGCUCAGAGAGCCCUCUACAGGAACAUCAUGCAGGAGAACUACGAGACGGUGACCUCGCUGGGAUUCCCCCUUCCCAAACCUGAACUGAUCUCCCGCCUGGAAUGA